AUGGCAGGUGCACCUAUGGAAAACUUCUGUGUGCAAAAGUUGGCCGGCGCCCUCGGGACGCCCGACGUGCCCACCCGGUACGUCGUGCGCGGGCACCAGAAGCAGCAGCUCGCCUCGACGGUCGUAGCGCCGGUCCCUGUUAUCAACCUUGGCCUCCUUUCCAAGCAGGACGGCGGCGCUGCUGAUGAGGCAGCGAAGCUCCGGUCAGCUAUCGAUUCCUGGGGCCUCUUCCUGAUCAGUAACCACGGCGUAGACGCGGCCGUGAUGGACGGCAUGAUGGCCGCGUGCCGGGAGUUUUUCCGGCAGCCGCUUGAAGAGAAGCAGAGGUGCAGCAGCCUGAUCGGAGAUGAUCAGUACGAGGGGUACGGGAACUACGAGGGGUAUGGGAACGACCAGGUGUCCUCGCCGGACCAGACCCUGGACUGGACUGACCGUUUAUACCUCAAGGUGGAGCCCGAGGACGAGCGGCGCAUUGCCCUCUGGCCAGCGCAUCCCGAAAGCUUCAGGGAUGUUCUGCACGAGUUCACGAUGAAAUGUGGGGUAGUGAAGGAUGAUCUGCUCCGGGCAAUGGCGAAGCUGCUGGAGCUUGACGACAACGACUACUUCGUGAACCAGCUUGCGGAGAAGCCUUUCACUAACGCUAGAUGCAGCUACUACCCGGUGUGUCCGAGGCCGGAGCUCGUGUUCGGCCUCACACCCCACUCUGAUGGAACCGUUGUUGCCAUCCUCAUGGUUGAUGACAGCGUUGGUGGCCUGCAAGUUCUCAGAGAUGGGGUCUGGUGGGAUGUACCGAUCGUACCUCACACGCUGCUGAUGAUUAUGGGAGAUCAAAUGGAGAUAAUGAGCAAUGGGAUCUUUAAGAGCCCCGUGCAUAGGGUCAUGACAAACGCAAAGAAAGAGAGGAUAUCGGUGGUUCUAGACUAUUCUGUUGAUCCUGAGAAAGAAAUCGAGCCAUCGGCUCAACUGGUCAAUGAGAAGAGACCAGCCUUAUACAGAAAAGUGAAGGUCAAGGACUACAUUGUGGCACAUUACACUCAUUUUUCUCAAGGGAAAGAAGUCGUUAUGGAAAAACUAAAGAUAUAA